AUGCUCCGGCAGAAACUUCGACAAUUUGGUCAGAAGCUGAUGCGCAGGCAGCCCCUGCAGCUGGACCAGGGGGCCUCUGGGCCUCGCUUGUCUCGCUGUCUGAACACCCUGGAUCUGGUGGCCUUGGGUGUGGGCAGCACCCUGGGGGCGGGCGUGUAUGUCCUGGCCGGAGAAGUGGCCAAGAACGACGCUGGACCGGCCAUCGUCAUCUGCUUCUUGGUGGCUGCCCUGACCUCUAUGUUGUCUGGGCUCUGCUAUGCAGAGUUCGGGGCCCGGGUGCCAUGCUCUGGAUCCGCCUAUCUCUACACUUACGUCACGGUGGGUCAACUGAUGGCUUUCAUCACGGGCUGGAACCUCUUACUCUCCUACGUCAUAGGUGCUGCCAGCGUGGCCAGGGCCUGGAGCUUUACGUUUGACAGCCUCAUCGAGCACAGAAUCUCCCAUGCCCUGCAGGGCACUGCUCUGCAUGUGCCUGAAGUCCUGGCCAAGUAUCCAGACUUUUUUGCGCUGGGCCUGGUGUUGGUCCUCACUGGACUGCUGGCUCUGGGAGCUCGGGAGUCAGCCUGGGUUACCAAAGUCUUCACAGGUGUGAACCUUCUGGUUCUGAGCUGCGUCAUCGUCUCCGGCUUCAUCAAGGGAGAGCUGCGUAACUGGCAGCUCACAGAUGCCGACUACAAACGGGCUGAGCUGGGCUCCAACGGCACCCAGAGCUUGGGCUCCCUGGGCUCUGGAGGGUUUAUGCCUUUCGGCUAUGAAGGGAUCCUCCGUGGAGCCGCCAGGUGUUUCUUUGCGUUUGUGGGUUUUGAUGGCAUCGCCACCACAGGAGAAGAGGCUCUCCACCCCCAGCGCUCCAUCCCCUGGGGCAUCGUGACCUCCAUCUUCAUCUGCUUCUUGGCCUAUCUUGGUGUCUCGGCGGCACUCAUCCUCAUGGUGCCCUACUACCUGAUACAUUCCGAGAACCCCUUGCCUGAGGCUUUUGUCCACAUCGGAUGGCCCACCAUCAGAUAUGCUGUGGCCGUCGGUACCCUUUGUGCCCUGUCCUCCAGCCUCCUGGGUGCCAUGUUCCCCAUGCCUCGCGUGCUCUACUCGAUGGCUGAGGAUAGGCUCCUUUUCCGAGAACUUGCCCGGAUCCACGCCCGCACCAGCACCCCCGUGGUGGCCACCGUCGUUGCUGGGACUGUUGCAGCAAUCAUGGCUUUCCUGUUUGAACUCAACGACCUCGUGGACCUCUCAUUGAUCGGGACCCUGCUUACUUACUCCUUGGUGGCCUUUUCUGUUCUUGUCCUCAGGUACCAGCCAGACGAGGAUUUCAGCAAGAACGAGAUGCUGAAGGUGGAAUUAGUUGAGAUAAGUUCUGCAACCAAAGCAAAAUCCCCAGAAUGUACUUCUGAAGCAGGCAUGCCCCGCACUCGGGCGAGUCUCUGGAGCCCUGCCAGCACCAUCCCCACCCCGAGAUCUGGCCGCAUUGUCUAUGGAUGUGCCUUUCUGCUUGUCACUGUGCUGUCCAUGCUAUGCCUGGUACUGACCCAGUGGCCCAAACGCCUGUUCUCUGGAGAGCCCAUCUACUUCACGGCGGUGGUGCUGCUGCUGGUGCUCACUGCAGGACUCACUUUCACCAUCUGGAGACAGCCCCAGAGCAACGCUCCUCUUUACUUCAAGGUCCCUCUGCUGCCUGUCCUCCCGCUGCUCAGCAUCUCUGUGAAUGUUUACCUGAUGAUGCAGCUGACCACUGCGACCUGGGCCCGAUAUGGAGUCUGGAUGUUGAUUGGAUUUGCUAUAUACUUUGGUUAUGGGAUCCGACACAGCUUGGAGAAUGAUCAACAGCCACCAGCAUCAAGCUCCCAAACUCCUCAUGAAAACAUCCCUAGUCCCUACCUGAAUUAG